AUUUUGUUGUGACAGGGCCCGUGACAGCCGCAGGCCCCGCCGCCUGGCUCGGCUCCCUUCUUGCCCGCACCUGGGCCUCGUCGCUGGCUCUGCUUCCCGCCCAUCUCGCGCCAUGAAGUGGAUGUUCAAAGAGGACCAUGCGCUGGAGCACAGAUGCGUGGAGUCGGCAAAGAUCCGCGCCAAAUACCCUGACCGUGUCCCGGUCAUAGUGGAGAAGGUAUCAGGAUCUCAGAUUGUUGAUAUUGACAAAAGGAAAUACUUAGUUCCAUCUGACAUCACUGUGGCCCAGUUUAUGUGGAUCAUCAGGAAGAGGAUUCAGCUGCCCUCUGAGAAAGCAAUAUUCCUCUUUGUAGACAAGACUGUCCCACAGUCCAGCUUAACUAUGGGACAACUUUAUGAGAAGGAGAAAGACGAAGAUGGAUUCUUAUAUGUUGCCUACAGUGGAGAGAACACAUUUGGUUUCUGAAUGGUGGAUCUUGGCUACUAUACCAUCCUGCUGUGUAUCUUGUAAAUAGCUGAUCAUUUUCUGUUCUGACAUCCACAGAAGUUCCUUCUAUAUACAUGCAUUUGUAACUGGAUUUAUUUCCUAAUAUAGAUAGGUCUUGUUUUAUUAGACUGUUAAAUUAUGAAAAAAAAAGUUUUUUGUGUUUUUUUCUCAUGGCUAUGAAUUCCUAGAGCCUCAUUCCUUUGGGAGAUACAUUUACACAUUGAUUAAAUAAUAAAGCUAAGUAGUUGGGCUUCUAAGACAUGGAAAGAAGAAUGCACAUUUAUUCUGUUUUGAGAUGUUAAGUUUGUGAAAAAUGAAAGCAUUGCAUUAGUAUUGGGAACACUGGAGUUGCUAGAUUAUCCUAAGCGGUAGCAAGAUGUUGAUCAUGUUAAAACUGCAAUAGUAUGUACCUCUUUCUCACUUAACAAACAAUAAAAAUUCCUACCACA